AGAAAGAGCGCGCGCGCGCGCGCGUCACACCACCGCCACCGGACCCUUCCACAAGCGAUAAGAGAAGAGAGGAGAGGGUGGAGAGAGAAAGUAGAGAGAGAGAGGGAUGGGGGAGGCGGCGCCGCUGGCAGAGGAAGCGGCGCGGCUGGCAGAGGAGGCGAGGGAGCUGCAGGACGCCGCCGCCGCGCUCCUCUCCAAGACCUGGAAGGAGGAGCAGGCCCUCCGGCAGCGCGCCCUCGCCCUCGAGUCCGACCUUAAGCGCCUCCGCUCCUCCUUCGACGCCGCCUCCAAGAAGAACCACGCCGGUCUUGAUCCCAAGACCGCUGACAAGAUCGAUGAAGAAUUAUACAGGGCGAGAUGCCUCAUCAGUGACGGCGAUGUGGCGUCGCUUCUCGCGAGCAAGGAUCAUGGGUGGUUCUUGAAGAUGUUUCUUGGCCCGGUGAAUGUUAGGGCGACGAGGAAAGAGGUUCAGCUCAAAGUGAAGGAGGAGUACAACGGCUAUAGAUGCUGGAAGAUGAUGCUCAUUUGUCACCUCAAGCUUACACAUUUUUUCAUCAUGCUCGAAGUUCUGGACAGAACGGCCUUUUUAUUUCUUCUUUUUCCAUGCACUCUACUUCUCUUAAGGUCUUAUAUCUGGGAUGGAUGCUUUCCAGCAUUGCCUGUUCAGUUGUAUCAGGCUUGGCUUUUAUUUCUCUACACAAGUCUAGCAUUGCGAGAAAAUGUGUUGAGAGUAAAUGGCAGUGAUAUUCGUCCUUGGUGGAUAUUCCAUCACUAUUGCGCCAUGUUGAUGGCUCUUGUAAGUCUCACAUGGGAGAUAAAAAGGCAACCUGAUUGUGCCAACAAGCAGAAAGGGGUACAAUUAUUUCUGGUAUGGGCUAUGAUGCAAGGUGUUGCAAUGCUUCUACAAAACAGAUAUCAACGUCAAAGACUGUAUACCCGCAUUGCUUUGGGAAAGGCUAAAAGGAUGGAUGUUGUGUGGGGAGAAACUGCUGGUGUUGAAGGUCAACUGUGGUUAUUAUGCCCCAUUCUCUUCAUCUUGCAGGGUUUUGAAGCAUAUGUUGGGAUCUUACUGCUUCGCACUGCUUUGGUUGGUGUUAUCCAUGAGUGGCAGGUCAUAGUUUGUGGGGCUUUGCUGGUUUUGAUGGCAGUGGGUAACUUUGCAAACACUGUGCAGAUCCUCAUGGCAAAAUCCAGAUUCAAAGCAAAGAUGAGGAGAACUAAGAGCAAGCAUGAUUUUGAUCCUAAUGCAUCACCUCCUGACUCGUCACCAACUUAUUUGAGAUCAUAGAAGGAAUCUUGGUCAAGGAUCUCUCCUUUGAAGAAUGUUUGUGGUCUCUGAUGCUAAUUGUCUGUGUAAAGCAUUAUCUUGUUCGCUGUAGCUUCUAUCCAGAUGUCAUCAAUAUUUCCAGUUGAUCUAACCAUGUAGGAUGAGCUCGGUUCUGCUAGUGCUUCAACCAAAACUUGAGGGUUGAGGAUCCUCUAAAGGAAGAGGAAAGAAGGGGAAGAGAUCGGGCAUAUGUGUUUGAGAUUGAUAUCUUGAAAUUAACCAGAUUGGUUUGUCAUAAUCUGCAAUUAUUGGGAUUUCAGUAGUUUCAGUAGUUUGAUCUUUUUUCUGAUACAUGAUCUGUUUAAAUCAUGUUUGGAUGGGUUUGUAAUACUUAAAUUUGAGUUCUGCACGAGGAACAAUUUGAAUUAUUUAUGUCAUUUUUUUUGAUAA